CUGCUUUUAACAAAGCCACGAAGGGAAGAUAAGCCGAGAGCGCUGACAAAACUAUGUUAACUGUCACCCAUUCAAACUCUUGAAGAUAAACCUUCCAUGGCUACUACCGUUAAACCCUUAUUUCCACUCUCUCUUUCAUCUAAACAUACUUCAUGUCCAUUCAUUUCUUGCAAACCCAUCUUAGAUUCUGUGCCAACUCUCCUCAUUCUAAAUUUAAUCAGACCACGACCACAGGUUGCUGUCUCUGUUGCUUUCAAUCCUCAAGGCAAUUUUGACAUCUCUAUGUUUGAUGAAGAUGAUGACAAUUCACCUAAAGUUGAACCUCCAAUGCCCCCAACCGAAGGCCGAUUUGAAGUGGUUAUAAAUAACAACACUAUUAGCAGCUUAGAUUUAUUCCCAUUUCAUAAUGCUACAGGGAUUACAUCACCUUCUUUAGUUGAGCCAAAAGAGUUUCUUGAACGAACAAUUGGAUUCACCAUUAACUACACCAGAGAAGAUCCAAAUGAUCCACGAGAACUAUCAGAAUUCCCAGAUAUAAGACUUUGGUUUGUGAGACUUGAUGCUGAAUACCCUUGGCUUCCUGUAUUGUUGGACUGGCGAGCUGGAGAGCUUGCUCGAUAUGCUGCCAUGUUGGUUCCUCACCAGAUGAGUAUGAGGAUGGGAAUUGUGUUUAAUCCAGAGGGUUUGGAACUAUUUAUCAUGAAGAAAGUGUUUGUUGUAUACUCUUGGUUGAAGAAACAUAAUGUUCCAAAGCCUAGAUUGAAGGCCAUGGACAUGGCUCGUAUGCUGGGAUUUGGAAUUGAAGAUCAGUUAUUUGAUUUUGUGGAUAAACAUCCUCUAGAACCAUCAUAAACGUCUUCUCAUUCAAUUUUUGCACGAUAUCUAUAAAAGACCCCUUUUUGUA